AGUGAGGAUAAAUUAAACUACAAUUCCCAGGAGUUAAAGGCGGCUUAUGAUGGGCAGCCAUUUUGUCCAAUCACAGAAUUCAAAGUUCAGAAGCCACCGCAGUGGGCGGGGCUUUGAGGCUAAAGAAUAGAGGCUCUCGGCGGGCAAACAUAUCUUUCCGGCCUUUGAAACGUUAUUUUCCGGCGGCACAGUACUCUGCGUUUUGUUUCCGUACAAUUACAGGAACAACGGGUGGAAAACAGACUAAUUUUACCUCCAAGAUAACCACUCGAGGGACUGUCCAACGACAGCGAAAGAGAGGUUUGCACUCACUGUCCGUGUGUGUGUGAGGACGUGGCCUUCAUUAAUGACACAGCAACAACAUUCAACUCACAGCCUCCUGUCAGACACCUCUCCCAUGAUUCACCUACAGUCUGUAUAGGACAACACACAGCACUACCAUGGAGGAGCAACAGGAGGAGGCAGAGAGUGCAUGUGUGGAGCACCAGUACAUGUGCAGUGAGUGCCAGCAGCUCUUCAACACCCUGGAGGAUGUGUUGGUCCACCAACGCAUUCACACCGGACAAGACGCAGACGGAGAAGUGGAGAUUGUCGAGGGUGUGACCGUGCAGGGUGUUUUAGAUGAGGGUCAGACCCAGACCUACCAGUGUCUGGAGUGUGGAGCCCUCAUCAUCAACCCCGAGGAGCUGCUGCAGCACCAGGAGAUGCACAUGAGGGAGGCUGAGAUGGAGGUCGAGCAACAAGGUCUAACUGAGGUCCUGGAAACACAGGCAGGUCCAGCAGAGACUCAGGGGUCUGCGGGGGUCCAGUACCAAUGUCUGGACUGUCUGGCUCUGUUCGACUCACCCGACACCUGGUUGGAGCAUCGUCGAAUGCACAACAGGAGCAGCACGCACAGUAACACAGAGUCCUUGGAGUACGUGAUUCAGCCCAAUGGAACUCUCACCCCACUGAACAGUAUGCAAAACUACCUGUUGAGUGAGCAGCAGGCUGGAGAGAUACUGGCACAGGUUCUUGCUCAGCAACAGCAACAACGACAACAACAAAGGAAACAUCGACCCGUCUCUAAAGCUGCGGCCUCUCGCUCCACCCUGCUGCCUCCCGUCACGCCCACCCCCGGCUCUGCUACCAUGCACCUGCAGAUUCUCACUGCACAGGUUCUGGCCGACAACUCUGCUCCCAGUCAGCAGCAUUCCAAGAUGAGCCAAGGCGCCGCGGCCAAGCUCGGAGUCCUGGAGAACGGUGUCCAGAGACUGGAGCUGAGGUUGGCCCCCGGGGUCAAGGAGCUGCAGCAGCCAACUGAGGUGGUGGUCAUCCACCCCUACGAAUGCUCCGAGUGCUCCCUCCUAUUCCAGACGCCGGAGGAUUUCCUCCAGCACCAGGGGGAGCACUUUCUAUGUCAGGACAAAGAAAGCGGGGAGUCGGGGCUCAUGAGUGGAUUUGACGAGAGGGGGAGGGAGGAGGCACUGGGGAAAGGAGAAGAUAUUCGAGGGGCAGAUAACAGUGGGGCGGUGUGGGCAAAGUCUCAGAAGUGUGACCUGUGCAGUCGCACCUUCAACUCGGUCAACCGGCUGGCGGCUCACAAGCGCGUCCACGAGCAGGGCACUCACGAAUGCCCCGAGUGUGGAAAAGUGUUCAAAAAGGUCACGUCGCUGCAGACGCACCAGCGCACACACUCUGGAGUGGCCAGGUAUCUGUGUGUGGACUGUGGCAACGGCUACACCACAGAGAUGACGCUCAUCAUGCACAGGAAGUCCCACACUUCUGACCCUCUUCACAAGUGUCAGUUCUGUAACAAGACCUUCACCAACAUGACCAAGUACCUGUACCACCGUCGCACCCACCUGAACCGGGACGCCACUGGAACACCGGCCGUUUUCACGGACUCUGCUCCAACACGAGCGUCUCUGUCGGCCCUGUCCAUCCUCCAGAGAGCCAGAGGAAAGAAGAACCACCAACGGGUGGAAGACGUCCACGCACUGGAGCCGUUCUUUCAGGACCAGACGGAAAAAGUGGAACCAGAACGGUGUGUUCAGGUCCAGGAAGAAGGUGAAGUUGAGAAGCAGAGUGAGGAGGAAAACAUGGAGGUGUCCUCUCCACCUGAAGAGAAGACUCAAGCCCCGCCCCCAGGCCAGGCUUCAGCUGGAAACCACACCUCAGCGCCGACCACAGACUGUACAGCAGGAGCUCCAGCUCCACCCUCUGAGGGGGGGGCCAUUUCCUGUCAAAAGUGCAACAAAAGCUUUUCCUCCCAGCUGCAGUUGGUUCAACACGGACUCACGGCCCACGUCGCUGAGCGCAGCUUUGUCUGUGGAAUCUGCGGCAAGUCUUUCAAGAAGCAGCUCCACGUCCGUAACCACAUACGGACGCACACGGGGGAACGGCCGUUCCAGUGUUCAGACUGCGGCAAGACCUUCUCCUUCCUGGCCAAUCUGAUGAGACACAACCUGAUCCACUCCGGCGUCCGUCCGUAUCGCUGUGACGUCUGCCACCGCACCUUCUCCCAGUCCUCCAACCUCCGUCAGCACAGCCUGCUGCACUCCAAAGCUGCCACCCUGAGGUGCCCCGACUGCCCCAGCACCUUCCGCUGGCCCACCAAGUUAGCAGCACAUCGCUACACCCAGCACCCGGGGUCUCCAGCGCCCUUCACCUGCCCUCACUGUGCAGCCGGCUUCUUGAGUCGACGACAGCGAGACGCCCACUGCCUGGAGCAGCACCUCAGCCUGGUGCAGGCUGCUGCAGGGAAAGAAGUCAACACCAGGGGCGCGGACCAAUCGCAGCCGGACAAGGAGCUCACCGCCGAUCCCUCCGCCUCAACUGCAGCCCAGGGUGACGCGACAGCUUCUGUGUGGGGGGGGUUAGGUUGUAACAUCUGUGGGAAGAAGCUCAACUCUGCAGCCAAUCUGCGUCUUCACAAACUGAGCCACUUCGCCGCAGGCCCCGGGCGACCGCGGCCCACCAUGGUGAAGCGGGCCCAGAAGUGCCCCGUCUGUGGGAAACAGUUUGUUUCUUCCUCUGGAGUCGCGCUUCACCAGCGCGUUCACACCGGCGAACGGCCGUUUCCCUGUCAGGUGUGCGGCAAACGUUUUCGUCAGAACACGCAUCUGCGCGAGCACCUCCGCACGCACUCCGGUGAGCGGCCGUUCCGCUGCGAGGUUUGUGGGAAAGGGUUCAUCCAGAGCAUGCACCUGGCUGAACACCGGCGUACGCACACGGGCGAACGACCUCACGUCUGCCCCCUGUGUGGCAAAGCAUUUAAGACCUUCUCCAACCUGAGGAACCACAAAAAGACCCACGUCAGGCAGCAGAAGCUGGACCAGGAAGCUGCUGCUGCUGAUGCUGAUGCUGAUGCCCAGGCUGCUGCUGAUGCUCAGGCCGCUGCUGAUGCUCAGGCCGCUGCUGAUGCUCGGGCUGCUGAUGCCCAGGCCACCAUGCAGACUUCUCCUGUGACAACGUUGGAUGCCUCAACUGUAGAAGUGGCCGACAGUCAACCUCAGAUCAUCCAAAUUCACGCCUCUGAUAUCCCUCAGGGCACUCCUACCAUCAUGUGCAAUGAGUUUGGAGAGACCAUCGCCAUCAUCGAGACCAGCGAGGGGGGGGAGCUGCCCCUGGAACAGGCCCUGCAGAUCUACCACACGGCCCUGGAGAACGGCCUGGCCGUCGACACGGUGGCUGUGGAUGGACUGCAGCUCCUCUGAGGGGGGGCAGGGGGGGGCAACACCCCCAGACCCCUCCCAUCCCAAACACUUGAAUGAACUGUGAAUGAACUGGAGAACGUAUGACGACAGACAUCGACCGGAGGCUGAGGAGUCACUGCUGCUGGGACUGAACUCACAAAUGUAAAUAAAGUGAAACACAGAGAAAAAUAUUCAAAAUCUACGUUUUUAUAAUUUAAAUAAACAUUUGUUGUGGACGACCGCAGUCUGUGCCUGAUGUUCACUUUUAUCACUUCAGUUGGAUGUGGUUUUUAAGUGUUGUAAAUCAAACGAAUCAGUGUUUUUUUGUUUGUAAAUGUAAUAAAGUCCAGUUGUUUUUUUACUCUUGUUUUCAACAUUAAAAUGAGACGCUGACGGACGACUUCAA